AUGUGCCGAGAGAAGCAUGGGAGGAAGAUGGUGGCAGAUUCCGAUUUGCCAUCAAUUUUAGAGACAAGAAUAAUAUCCCGUGAUUUUUCUCAUCUCUCCUUCGCUGUCUCAAAUUGGCACGAAUUCGAAACUAUUCAAGAUGAAAUGAAUGGUGGGAAAAUAGGAUUUCAAAAUGUUUUCCAAAUGACCUGCACUGUAAACAACGAUAUUGAUUUAUCCUGGAAAAUGGUCCAUAAACAGUUUCCGGCUACACAGAAUCUCAAAACUUCAGACCAGUCUGCGCUUCUCCGGAAUUUCAUGCUGAAAUUAUGGCAAAUCGAACCAAUAUUAGACAACAUUUUUAAUGAUGAAAAGUAUAUGAAUAUGAAUGACGAAGGAUUUGAAAACUUGAUUGUGUCGUUUUAUGAAAGAGCGUUUUUAGAGGGACAGGAAAUGUCGAGGGAGGAAACUUUGAGAAUUUUCCAACCAUACUGGUCAUUCUACUACCUAAAAAUGGUCAUGCCAAUUGUGGUGUUGGAUUUGGAAAGAGCGGAAUUGAUGUCAAUUAUUUGGUUGCUGUUUUUCGAUAACGGCUACACAAAUAUAUCCCCGGAGUGUCAAGAAAUGUGCAGAAAUAUCAAGAAAGUGAUUCUCAGAGAGCUGAAAAACUAUCAAGAAUUUCGAUGA